GUAGCUGAAUCGACCAUCGAGAAUUACCUCUCAAUGUUUGUGUUGAUUCUGCGCAUACUCUACGAAACGCUUGUUGGCACUGUUAAAGCACUAAUGCCAAUCGGUACUAUGCCACGAAAAUCUGUUAGAGGUCAAGUGGUUCUCAUUACCGGUUCUGGAAGUGGUAUAGGACGUCUGAUGGCAGUCGAAUUCGGCCAAUUGGGUGCUCGUCUGGUCCUUUGGGAUGUCAAUGAACAGGGCAAUUUGGAGACCAAGAAAAUCCUGGAAGAGAAAGGUAUCGAGGUGAGUAUUAUUGAAGAUUGUUGUGUGAUCGGAUCCGAUUCAGCACUAGCUUUUAAUGAAUACAGAGACAAUAAGAACAGUUCAGUAUCUGUUGAAACGACAAAAGUAGUGGCGCUGUUGAAUGUGUUAACAGAUGACUAG